AUGGACCAAUUCCGGCCCUUGCUAGAACCUCCUUUCCUCAUGCUCAGCGCCGGCUGCGCCUUGUUCUACCUGGGCAUGUACCUUCCCUUCAACUACAUCAUCGUGCAGGCGGAAUACGAAGGCAUGUCCGCCGGGCUGGCCGGGUAUCUCAUCCCGAUCCUCAACGGCGCUACUCUCUUCGGCCGCAUCCUCCCUGGCAAAGCGGCCGACAAUAUCGGCCGGUUGAACACCAUGAUCGCCAUGUGUGCCUUUGCCGGGGUGAUCGUGUUGGCGCUAUGGCUUCCGGGGACCGGGAAUGCGCCCAUCAUGGUGUUCUUCGCCCUGUACGGUGGCUUUCGGGAGAUUGGGGUGCGGUCUGGCACCCUCUGGUUGAUUGUGGCGAUUGCGGCGCUGGUGGCCAGUCCGAUUGGCGGCGCGCUGGAGGGGCGGGAUGGAGGUGCGUUUGUCGGAUUACAGGUCUUUGCUGGUCUGGCUAUGCUGAUUGGGACGGGCCUUUUUGUUGUGGGGAGGUGGGCCCUUGCUGGAUGGGAUCCUUUUGCGAAAGUCUUAUACUGGUCGAUCUCGGUGGUGAUCGAUCGGAUGGCCUUUGCACAGUGGCAGAAUUGCCUGAAGCCCAAGGUCCACGGCGCAUCGAACCUCGACCUGGCCACCUGUACGAGUGGGUACCAGCUCGACUAUCUCGUCUGCUUCUCCUGGGUGUCGUCCAUCUUUGGGGGGCAGGGCCUCGCCAACUACGCGGCCGUCGAUUGUGAUCCGGACGGACUGAUGCGCUACCGGCGACAGUCCGGUCUGGCGGGCUCCGCGAUUGACGUCGGCAUGGUUGUGGGCAGUAGACUGGUCACGCAGGAUGCGGCCCUGCAACAGACCAUGGAGCGGCUGGGGUUCGAUCCCGUCACCAAGCAGGAAUGCCUCGAUUAG